AUGGACGACGCUGCCGGUCUAGCCAUUGCCUACGAGGAAGCCCAGAAAUCAUAUGAAGAAGGGGGAAUUCCUAUCGGAGCAGCACUCAUCUCCAGCACCGGCACCGGCACCGUUCUAGGUCGCGGCCAUAACCAACGCGUCCAGCUCGGUUCACCCAUUCAUCAUGGCGAAACCGCCACCCUUUUAAAUGCUGGCCGCCUCCUCGCCUCCUCCUACUCAAACUCAACAAUGUACACCACCCUUUCCCCCUGCGACAUGUGUACAGGAGCUAUUUUGCUGUACAAAAUCCCGAGAGUGGUGAUAGGAGAGAAUAGCACUUUUAGGGCAGCAGGGGAAGACUAUCUGCGCCAGAGAGGGGUGGAGGUGGUGGUGGUUGAUGAUCAGGAGUGUAGGAUGUUGAUGGAACGGUUUAUCGGGGAGAAGCCGGAGGUUUGGUGGGAGGAUAUUGGGGAGUUAAGUAUCCUCAACUCAUCCCCAAGCACCAAAGUGAAGUAG